AUGCUACGUCGAUCUCAAAAUAAAUCAAACAAAAACAGAGCAAAUAAGACACCAGCUUCACGAACAGGUCGAUCAACACAAUUAAAUAUGAAUGCAUGUGAUCAAAGAUCAAUGAAUACAACUUCUCGUCUUGAAUUACUUGGUAAAUUAAUGAUCGAUCAAUUAAAAGGAUCAGAACGUGAUCAUUUAAAAGAACAGUUGUCAUUGUCUGGUAUUUCUAAUUCAUCGAGAAGAAGUUUGAAACAACUAUUCACGGAUUUCUAUACAUUUAAUGAACGACAAUGUCAUACCAUUGGUAUUGAUAAUCAUGAAACUAAUACUAAUCAAAUAGAUGUGCCAGUGAAUGAAUCUCAAAUAUCAAUGACAAUAAAACGUAAAACACGACAACAAACUACAGAUAAUAAAACGAAGAAAACACCAACUAUUAUAACAAGAACUAUAUGUACAAGAAGUUCAAAAUUAAAUUCAUUAAAUAAUAAUGAAGAACAAAUCAGUCAUGUUCUGCCAAAUCGAACACGUAAACGUCGAUCAUCCUCAAUAAAUAAUAACAUUAACGAAAGUGAAAUCAAUAAUGGCGACAAACGCAUAGUUGAUAAUACUAAAGAAAUAUCUUCAACAAAUUCUCAUAAAAUAUUAGGAGAAGAUGUAUCUGGUGUUAAAGUAUCUCGUAAAAAACUUCAAUCAUCUGUUCCAUCUCCAUUAACAAUCGAAUGUUCAAAGCCUACGAAUGACUUCUAA